UUAUCCAUAUUGUCAUCACCCAACAACAACACACCAACAUUCAGCCUAAACACACUGUCCUCAGUAUCAUCUUCUUCUUCUUCUUCCUCUUCUUCUUCAUCAUCAUCAUCAUCAUCUUCACCACUCUCUACCCCUUCCCAUCUUCACAACCAAACCCAUACACCCAAAACUAUGGAAGAGGUAUGGAAGGAGAUUAACCUUGCUUCUCUACAUGAUAACUCUUCUUCCAGGGAAGGCCUAAAUCCCCACAAUCCCCAUUUUAUCCUCCAGGAUUUUCUGGCUAGACCUUUCAGCAAAGAACCACCAACAAACAGGGUCUCCGCAAACGGGGACACCACGUUUCUUGAUUCUCCACCACCGCCACCUCCUGCCACUCUUUUGAGCCUGAAUUCGGGUCCCGGCUUUGAUUUCCUUGAUAACUCGUGUCCUCUCAGGUCUAAGCCGCGUUUGCAAAUGCAAAACAACCCCAUCUCGGAUCUGUCCAAUAUGAAUUGCCCAUUUGACGCUCUAGCUUCGCCUUCUGGUUUGGCUUGUUUUGAUAAGAAAAGGUUCCAAGAUCCUGAUAACAAUUCUGGGGAUCGACGCCACAAGCGUAUGAUCAAGAACCGGGAGUCUGCAGCUCGAUCAAGAGCUAGGAAACAGGCUUACACUAAUGAGUUAGAGCUUGAAGUUGCCCAUCUUAUGGAAGAGAAUGCAAGACUCAAGAGACAGCAAGAACAGUUACGUGUAGCUGCUGCCACUCCACUUUCUAGAAAGCGAACGCUUCAGCGAACGUCAACGGCUCCAUUUUGAGGAAAAGAUGGAUCGAACCCUGCCUUCCGUCCUUGCUUGCCUGCCUUUUAACAAUUAACUUAAUAUUAUUUUGGCUUCUUAUUAUAACAGCUGCAGAGUGCAUUGGAGGAGGGGUUAUGUAUGUAUGUGUGGGUGGGUGAGUGAGUGAGAAGACAAUUUGGCUUGGGUAAAAUAAGGAAAGAAAGAAAGGGAAAGGGCUGACAUAUGCAGCUGGGACAUAGGUGUUGGAUUGUGUAUGUUGUUAUGGUUGGACUUAGUCAAAAUGUCGUAAUUUGGUGGUUCCAAAAGCAUUCAUGAUCCAUCUUUAGUUUUUUAAUGUUAGCAUAACCAAUAAAGUGGUGAAAUAAAAAGGGCAGUAGAAAGAAAA